AUGUGUAAGGCUACACAUCUCCUACCUUCUUUUGGUUUGCACUAUCAUUUCCGUUAUCAGCCCGCAGUGAUUCUGAGCCUCACUCUCGGUGACAACGGUGGGAUAAAAUUCCGUCCUUCUCAGACCUCCUGCCUCAGUUCGGAAGGAAACCGCUUGAAUGAUUCCGCAGAGAAAGAAAGGGCAGAGCACAGCUGGCCUCACACUCCUUUGCCCUGA